AAUCUUCGGCUGUUCUUUGAACAAGAAGCCGAACUUUCCACCUGUUUCGUGGUUUGUGUUUUUUUCAUGUUGUUUUAAGUUUUAAUAAUUACGUUAAUGGUUUACAAUUGCUCACGUUUUAUUGAACUAGUAUAAAAAAUAUUAAUAAUAGUUAUUACGCAUAUAAUUAUAUUCGUUACAAUUAAUGAAUUAUUGCAAUGUAUACAAGUUAAAGAUUUACAACAAUUGUGUAUUUUUGAAAAUAAAAAUAUAACGAAGUAUGUCAUAAUACAACACUAUAAUGAUGGAUACACUAAAUAAAAUAAUAAAAUCGGAAAUUUCAAUUGAUGAAAUUUUAGAAUGGUUAACUGCCAAUAAUUAUGAUGAUAUUAACUUUCCCAACAUCGCUCAUACUGAUUCAUCACCUACUGAAUUCAUCUCAUAUUUUCUAGAUUACUUGAGAAAACAAUGUCACGGUAUAUUACACGUUGGAAAUAAUGAUGCUUCAGAGGGUCAAGUUAAAAAAACUGUUUGUUGUACACCAUCAAAACAAAAAGAGUUUUUCGAUAAAAAUAAACAUCAAAUAAUUGGUGAAAAUAAAAGUUCAAAAUUACAAUUGUCAACAGAAUUUAAUGAUGAUAAAAGUAAUUCGUCAGAACGAAACUUUAUUGACACCAAUACAGAAAAUGAAAGUUGUGAAUUAAAACUUACGAGUACUCCAUUGCAAAAAAUUCCACAUAUUAAGACUCAAACUGAUGGAUCAAUUACUCCGGGUAUCAUUGAUAUUUCGAAAAAUAUGUCGACUGUUGAUUCAGUGUCAAGUUUUAAUGAAUUAUCAAAAUCUUUUAGCCCAAUUGUAAAUCGCAGCUAUCCACAAUCAAGCAAUUUAAAUCGUUCUGUAAAUAUUGAUGAUGCUUCCAAUGGUGAUCAAAGUAUAUCAAGUACAUCUUUGCAAGUAAGGCAGUCUAUGAUCAAUGAAUCUAAUGACUCAAAUGCGUCAUUGAAUACAAGUAUGAUUCCUUGCAGUCCUAUUUCGCCAUUGUAUACCAAUUAUAUGGCGCCAAAAUGUAAUCCAUCAAAUGACAUCCCUUUGAAAAAAAAAGCUCCUAGGAGUAGAAAUAAAAAUAAAAGUCCUAUUUAUAAGCAAAAUAACAAUCAGAUAAUAAAUGAUAACAGUCAUAGUAUAUGUUUUGGUGACUUUUUAAGUACAGAAGUAAACAAUUUAAAAAAAAAUAAUAAGAAAGAUAGAACAAAAAAUUUUAAAUUGAAAACUACACCUAAUUCAGAAUCUUCGAAAAAUGAAUCAUCAAUACAAGUUAGUCAAAGUCAAUUGAAGUCUAAGCGUCGCAUUAAACCUACAAAAUUGGAUCUUUCUUCUGAUACAAUAAACAAAGUGCAAGUUUUUGGUAUAGUAAACAGGCCACGAAUAGUGAAUCCGCAGUUUGUGGAAACUCAACCAAAUGAUAAAUUAAACGAAAUGUCGUCAUUUGAAAUUGAAAGAGAAUUAUUGAAAUUAGAAAGACAAAAACAACCAAAAGCUGAUGUUAUUACUGAAGUAACUAGUCAGGAAUUAAAAUGUGUCAUUAAACCUAAAUCAUCUCCAUUUAUUGUACCUAAAUUAGAACUCGUUGAAAAUAUCAAAGUGUUAGAUAUUUUAGCAAAACUUUAUUCGUGUCUAUUAAGUAAAAAUUUAAUUUUAAAUCCGAUGUCGGAAUUAUAUUUUAUUAUUUCUUUGAUUACAUUUCAAUAUAAAUUACCUGAAGAUGAAGACAAAAGCCUGAUUACAGUAGAAAAAAAUAAACAAAACAAUAAUUUAAGUUCAUUAGAUGAAUUAAAAAUAAAUUUAGGAGUUUCAGAUAUUGUUGAAGAUGGUUCUGAAAUAAGUGAUGAUAAUAAUAAGGCUCAGUUAAAUGAAAAAGAUGAUUUCAAAUCUGUAAUGGAUGAAUCAACAGAUAGUAAAAAACUUGAGUUAUCUCAAAAUGAAAAAAACUAUUUCAGUACAGCUCAUAAUUGUAUUUAUUUUGCAACAGCUGUUCUUUUCAAUGGAAAAAAUUUGUUGUCAGUAUUAGAUCGAGCAACGUUGAAGUUGCUUUAUGAUAAUGCACUGAUAGUAACAUUUCAACCAACACUACGAGAGUAUUUAAAAGAAUUAUACUCAGUUAAAUGUAUACGAUCUAAACAAUUUAAACCAUACAAUGAUGCCGGUAUAUUGCAAACAAAUGUUUGUUUCCAAAUGGACACAGAUAAUCGAGAAAAUUUUCCUUCACCUUUAGCAUUUUCUACAUUUCGAAAACAACGCGAUUUAUUUUAUGAAAUUUUAAAAACUUGGGAAGAAAAUCAUUUACGUCCGAAUUGGUCUUUUUCCACGACAUUAGAUAAAAAAAUAAACACGUUGUUAUCAAUGCAUCAUGAUGCUAUAAAUUAUUAUCAUAUUGCACGAUUAUUCAAAUCACAGCUUUUAAUGUCUUCUGUACAAAUUGGAAAAAACCAGGAACAACUGGAUGAUGAUCAAAAUUUGAGUGUUUUUAAAUAUUUAAAAGACAUAGAUCCAGAAAAGUUGAAACAAUUAAAGGAACGAUUGGUAACUCCAGUAACAUCAUUAGGACCAGUACCACAUCCAGAAUUUCUUGGAAUCCAAGAAUUUUAUAGGGAUUUUAUUUUAGCUUCUUCUAAUCCAAAAUUUAAUGUUAUUUUAGAACAUUGUUUUAUUCAAGAAAUAAUAGAAUUAAAUGAAACACAAUUUACAUGCAGUGAUAUUGAUACAAAAGAAAAUUCAGUAGAUGAAAUCACAAAGCAAAAUUACAUUAUUUGUUUAUCAAGUCUUCGAGUAAUGGCUAAAUUCUUAGGCUUUCUUGUAUCAUUACCAUUUAAAUCAGAAGUUAAAACAUUGGAUUCAAUAAAUACACAAAUAGCUUUGCGAAGUCGUACUCUUCCGCCUUUGGAUUUACAAGAAUGCUUAUCAAAUGCUAUAAAAAAUGGCAAAUUAUUGCUCACUGUUCCAUGGAUGGUUCAAUAUCUUGCCAUGAUGGAUUCAGUUUCAUUUUAUUUACCAUAUUAUUUAAAACUAUGUGAAAUUCUUUAUUAUAUAUAUCGUACUGCAUAUAACUUGUUAAAUCUCGAAACAGCAUUACUGAUAACUUUUUCCGUUGGAUGGCUUUUCGAACUUCCUAAUUUUCCAAAAGAUAUUUACUAUAACUGGCAUUCACACUACAACAGUCUAAAAAUAAUAGUAAAACCUUUGCGUAGUGAAAAAGAAUCCAUUAAAACAUCAUCGAAAUUAUUAGUUGAAACAUCAAAAAAUAUUACCGGACGCAAUAUAAUAUUAGAUGAAAUGAAAAUCAUUGACGACAGAGCGUUAUACAUUUGUUGUAAAUUUUUGAAAGAAUUAAAAAUAUUAUUAACAUCUGGAAAUUCAAGUAUAAAUAGCGGUAGUAAUGCCAAUCGUCAUAUUACGCCUGUCUCUUGCAAAUUAUCUCAGCCAUCAAAUUCUACAAAAGCAGUUACUCUGGAAUUACAAUUAGAGAAUGCCUUUUUUCAUAGUCAACCACGUUCAAUUAAAAAAACAGUUGAUUUUGUUUCUGAAAGAGUUGCUUCAACAUGUGUUAAAUAUAUUUGUGCAUUUGUGAUAUCAACGAUCAAAGAAAAAAAUUAUAAAAUAUGGAAAAACAAAAUAAGCAAAAAAACUAAUGAAGAAGUCAUCACAGCUGGCGGAAUGGGUGAGCAUAAAAAAAUUGUAACAUGUGAAAUUAAAGAUGAAUGUAAAAAAAUAAUUCCUAAGAUGUGUGAAGCAAAAAUAAAAAAUUCCAUCGAAUCAUUAUUAGCUGAAGAUAUUUUAGAAUCUGUAAAAAAUAUGUGUAUUAAAAUUGCUGUUAAAAUGUCAAUGGAACGAAUAAAUCAGUGGAUCGAUUCAUAUAUUAAUGGUGUUAUGACAUCAAAAAAUAUUUAUGAAGAUUAUUUAAAUAAAAAAUUAGCUGAUGGAGAUGAAGACUCAAAAAACAUCAGACAAAAUGUAAAGAUUGAUUUGAAAGAACCUUAUUCUACUUCAGUAAUUAAUGAUAUUCGUAAUUCUAUGUGGGAAUUGAUUGAACAAACUGGAAAAUGGUCAAUAUUAACUGAAGAUAAUAUUUUAAUUAAUAUCAAAAACACACGAUCAACAUUAUUUGAAAAAAAUGGUUUAAUACCAUCAACUAAAAAGGUUUUAUGUACUUUAAGUAUUGACUAUGCUUUACAUAUAAUGGUUUUUAAAAGUGAAUUAAUGACUAUCAAUGUAGAAAAUAAUUUUAUUGAAUUAUGGAAAUUGUACAGUGAUGCUGAUAAAUUGUUUUCAGGACUGUUAAGUCCUCGUAACAUAAAGCUUUUAAUGCAAACUUAUGAUUCAUCAAUUUGGACGAGAUAUGGGAAAUUUAUCCAAAGGUUGUUAGCAGAAAAUAUACUAACGAUUGAAAAUUUCAGUGAACAAUGUGUUGCAUUAUUGAGACUUGAAUGGCAUGUUCAUGUUUUAAAAUCAAUUCCAAGUUGUUUAUUGCAAGCAAUAAGUCAUUACAAUUGUUCAAACGAGCACACUGAAAAAGUUAAACAUCUAAUUGGUUGGAUUGCUGAAACAUGUUCUGAAUUAAAUUACAACUAAUAAAAUAGUUUAAAUUAUUAUUUUAUUUUCAUUUCUAUAUAACAAAUUAAUAUAU